AUGAUUAAACGUGGAACUAUGGAGGCUGGGCAAAAAUGUUUUAGUACAACACCUCUGCAUAACCACAUCAAAAUAAAUCAUCCAAAAGAAUAUCAUAUAGAAGGAAAUAAAAAUGAACAGAAAAAAAAAGCUCAGGCUGUCAAUAAAAUUACACCAGAAUUUUUUUCAACUAGUACUACAGUAAAAAAAGAGACUGUUUUGGAAACUUCUAAACAAACUUCAAUAGAUGAAUAUUUAAAGUCACAAAAGGUAUGGAGCAUUAAUGACUCUAGGUCGCAAACUAUUCAUCGUAAAAUUGGGUUGAUGAUGGCCUUAGACAACCAGCCAUUUACUUUAGUUGAAGAUACAGGUUUUAAUAACUUAAUGAACCAUUUAGAACCCAGAUAUUGCAUGCCAAGUAGAAAAUUUUUUUCUAAAACAAUAAUACCUCAACUUUACAUGGAGUUAAAUAAUAAAAUUUCUGAUAAAUUAAUAAAAACAAAUUACAUAAGCUUUUCUUCAGGUAUAUGGACAUGCCCAAUUUCUCAUGAAUCAUUUAUUUCAUUGUCUAGCCACUCCAUCGAUAAAGAUUUUAACAGAUUUGAUGUGGUAUUACAUGCUUCUCAUUUUCCUGAAAGCCAUACUGGAAUAAACAUAUCUAAAAAGUUAGAAAGUAUGUGGGAUAGCUGGAAAAUUCAAACUGAAAGACGACAUAUUCUUGUAAGAGAUGGUGCAAGCAACAUGAUAAGUGGGAGUAAUCUAGCUGAAAUUCCCGCAAUCCAUUGUACUAUUCAUUUACUUCAAUUAGUUGUUUCAGAUUCAAUAAGUGAAAAUAUUGUAAUUGAUGUUCUUUCAAAAUGUCGUCGACUUGUAACUUAUUUUAACCAUUCAUCUCUAGCAUGUAACAACUUUAAACAAAUUCAGCUGCAACAAAAUCUCGACCCUCUUUGUCUUGUUCAAGAUGUCCCAACAAGAUGGAACAGCACUUAUCUUAUGCUUGAUAGAUUAAACAAGUUAAAAAUUCCAAUUCAACUAUACUUAGCAGAACGUUCUGAUUUAAUGCCCUUUUCUACAUUAGAAUGGACAUUAAUAUUAAACAUUAUUAAACUGUUAAAGCCUUUUUUCCAAUUAACUCAGGAAAUAAGUUCAGAAAUAACAGCUUUGUCUUCUGUAAUUCCAAAUAUGUGCUCAUUGAAGAAAUUUAUGUCAAAAUGUCAAGUUGAUUUAAGUAUUCAAGAAACAAAGAAUCGGCUUACAACUUCUUUAAAAAAUCGAUUUUUUUCUGAAAUAAAUGAUGCAAAGUCUUUAAACAUUUUGAAAAAUAGGUACUAUGUCAUAGCUACUUCAAUUGAUCCAAGAUAUAAGUUUUCUUUCUUUGAGGAUGAUAUCAAAAAACAGGCUAAGUACUGGUUAAUAAAUGAAAUUUUAUUCUUUGAAAAAACUCUUGUUUGUUCUGAAGAAGUAGAUUUUAGUGUAAAUGAAGAACCAUCACAAUUAAAUUUUUCAAUUAAUACUGAAAAAGAAGACACUCUUGAAGCAUGUUUCAAAGAAAUUAUAAAUGCAACAUCUGAAAAACCAUUACCUUUUAAAAAAAAGUUUAAUAUAUCUUUAGAAUUAGCAAAUGCAAUACUUUCUUCAUGGUUGAAAGCUUCUGGCUCACUUUUAAACUUUGUUCCAAGGUUUAAUAUUAACACUAAAUGUUCUGAACGUUAUAUCUACUACACAGUUCCCUCUGGUUGGAAAGGUGCAGCUCAAAUGACAUGA